UAAGAAGAAGAAGUAGUAGUCUACUAGAUAGUACCUACUUUUAAAACAGUGAAUACAUUCUUUAUAAUAGUUCUGGUCCUUAUAAUCUACAGCUGAUUGGUUUUAGCGAUUUUUGUUAGUGGUAAAUGUUUCAAAUAGUUUUCUUUACUGGUUUUAGAUUUUAGACUUCGUUUAUCGUUUAUGAAAAGUGAAAAUGAAAUAGAGUGACUGUUAUCAAGAGUAUCAAAACAGUUCGUUGGUGGUUGUACUCUAUUAUUAAGGUUUAAUAUUGCGAAAGACAAAUUCGUUAGAAGAAAUGGGUCGCAGUCGGUCCCCUUCUCCACCCAGAAGACGUCGUAGCAAGUCUCGUGAGAGAGAUAGAAAUGAAAGAGACAGGAGGAGGCGAAGAAGUCGUUCUCGAGACCGUGAUAGAAGAAGACGAUCACCUGAAAGAGAAAGGGACCAUGAUCGCAGGAGAGAUGAGCGUCGAAGAUCACGUUCAUGGUCUAGAUCUCGUUCCCGUUCUAAUGAAAGGAGCAGGACAAAGCCUCGAAAUGCACUUCAAAAUCGUCCACAAGUAACAGAUGCUGAUUUGGAAGGGAAAACUCAAGAGGAGCAGGAAAUGAUGAAAAUGCUCGGGUUUUGUACUUUUGAUACAACCCGAGGCAAGAAAGUGGAGGGCAAUGAGGACGGAGCUGUCCAUGUCAUAUUGAAGCGCAAAUACCGACAGUACAUGAAUCGGAAAGGUGGUUUCAAUCGGCCUUUAGAUUUUAUAAUGAUCUAG